AUGUAUUUGAAAUCUCAUGGCACCGAGAACCUGAGGGGCUGGGAGGCUGAGGAAAUGGAGGCGGCUUUCUACGUAGAUCUCGUUGCGCUUGUCUCCCGGGCCGUCCUAGAGCUCAUGGAUACCGGUCGAUGGAUAGUCCCGUUGAGCGGCGACUGCAGGAGCAGCUCGCAAUUGAGCGGCCCCUCUAUGAACGUUAGCAGCACAAUGAAACAGUUUCAAGAGCAAAACAUGACAGGCGGUAUCUACGGCACAUGGGCAUUCGACAGUACAAAUUAUAUGAACAUGGGACUUCGAAUAUCCUGGGCGACAGUAGUCAACGGCAAGGUCGAGUCAUUCAAGAAGGUCGCCAUCUGGCGGGCUGAUCAAGGAAUUGAGUUGGAACCUGAGUAUACGUCACUGACUAAUAACAACGGCGCCAAACGAUACAUGAUAGUUACUGUUGUGCAACCGCCGUUCAUCAUGAAAGAGACAGUAAACAACGUGACGACAUACAGCGGCUACUGCAAAGAUCUCAUGGACCUUAUUAAGGGCAUCUUGAAAUUUGAGUACGAAUUGUACGAAGCACCAGAUGGCAUGUAUGGCUCGCUGAGUGAAAGCGGCGAAUGGAAUGGAAUGGUCCAGGAGCUUAUUAAAGGGAAUGCAGACAUGGCCGUAGCAGACCUAUCAGUGAUGGCAGAACGCGAAAAUGUCGUCGACUUCACUGUGCCAUUCUACGACUUAGUUGGAAUAAAAAUAUUGAUGAAAGCACCGAAGUUCGAGUACACGCUAAUGAAGUUUGCAGCAGUGCUGGAACCUCCGGUCUGGUAUUGUUUUGCUGCUGCCUACUUUUUGACAGGGAUACUUCUGUGGUUAUUCGACCGCUAUAGUCCGUAUAGCUAUCAGAACAAUAAGGAGAAAUACGAAGGAGAUGAUGAGCAAAGAGUUUUCACAAUUAAAGAGGGUCUGUGGUUUUGCAUAACGUCACUGACUCCGCAAGGCGGUGGCGAAGCACCGAAAAGCGUGUCGGGACGACUCGUCGCCGCCACCUGGUGGAUGUUUGGCUUCAUCAUGAUCGCCUCGUACACGGCAAACCUGGCCGCUUUCCUCACCGUGCAACGCUUCGAGUCGCCCAUACAGUCGCUGGCAGACCUCGCUAGCCAGUACGACAUAGGCUACGGCCCGAUAGAUGGCACAGCCUCAUGGACGUACUUCAAACGCAUGGCUGACAUCGAGGAGCGCUUCUAUACCAUUUGGAAGGACAUGAGUCUCAACGAUUCACUGAGCGACGUAGAGCGCGCGAAGUUGGCCGUCUGGGACUACCCCGUCAGCGACAAGUUCACGAAGAUGUGGCAGCAGAUGAACAGCUUCGAGCAUGCGCUGGAUAGAGUGCGGAACUCCGACACGGCAACCUCUGGGUUUGCCUACGUAGGAGAUGCUACGCACAUAAGGUGGGCAAUGGUGGAAAACUGUGGAUAUAUCGCUGUGGGUGAAGAGUUCAGUCGUAAACCGUUCGCAAUUGCUGUAAGAGAGGGUUCUCUGUUGAAAGACGAUGUCUCGACAGCUAUUCUGAAGCUGCUCAACGAGCGAUCACUGGAGGAGCUGAAGGAGAAAUGGUGGAGCUCCACGCACGUGUGCCCGAAAUCCGAGAAUGAGGGCGACGGCAUCACGAUAGAAAACAUCCGCGGCGUGUUCCUGUUGAUCCUGAUCGGUGUGACUCUCGCACUCAUCAUGCUUGCUUUCGAGUUUUGGUACUACAAAUAUCGUGGCAGGGCGCGAGUAGAAACCAAAGUGAUUAGAGUAAAGACGGCCGAUAACGAUCGCAACGUUAGCCAAUUUCCCACUAAGCCUGACGCCAGCAGCGCAAAGCAACGAUGCACGACCAUCACAGCCGCUGCGGGUGCUGACUCACGUGGCAACGGCUAUGCAAAUGAAUUCGGCACUCGUCCAACUGUGUACAAUAAUGACGACAAUUAUAACAGCGGACAAAGUUAUUUAAACCAUUACGAUAGCUCUAAUGUUGACGCCGCCAAGUCUUUUAAUACGUUUUCCUAA